GAGAGAGAGAGGAGGGAGAGAAAGAGAGCGUACGGCGAAGGUGUGUCAACAUCGAGGUCAUCCUGCAGGUCAGAGGGAUACAAGCAGAGCUUCUGGAGGGAUGUACACAGUAACGGCUCAGAGGCCAGAAUGCUGGAGGAGGACGAGGAGUUCCCAUUCAACAUGAGUGACUUUGUGACAGUCGAUGAAGUAGGAGAUGUCACCGACCUUCCUCGUUCUCCUUCGCCUGUUGUUCCCAUGGAAACUGUAGACGGGACCCAACAGGACCCUCUAGGGGACACGCCCACAGAGGUUGCCACAGAAACAACAACGUCGGAUGCAACAGGGACCCCAGUGAAGUCUGGUGAAGGAGUAUCAGAGUGUGUGUCAGCAGCUCAGACUCUGGUCUUCACUGCUGCAGCACCCUCUUCCUCACCAGCCUCAGAGGCUGACUCGUCUCCCAGACAAACACACCAACCAACAUGUCACCCAGCAGCACCUGAGACAGAAACCACACCCAUAGCCUCUCUGGACUCAACCUCAGAGGUUGAACGACUUUCCCCGUCCGCCCCAGCAGCUGCAGGCAACCCACCUGAAGCUGCCCCAGCAGACGCCUCCUUAAACAGCCCAGCCACAGGGGAAGUGACUGCAGAGAGUGGGGAGGAUAAGACAGAGGAAACUGCUCUCAAUCACAGCCAGGCCAAGGAGGAGGAGGUGGUGGUGCAGGAGCAAGAGGACAAAGAGACAGGAGUCCCUGCAGCUUAUACAGGAAAACAAGAGAGGUCUGAGGACCAAACAAACAAACAAGAGGAGAGCAUGAAGAAAAAAUUACAGAAGAAACCUCCCAUGAGCAAAGACUACUCCCUCCCUCCGUUUGACCCCAGCAACCCAGUUGGUAUGGAGUUCUUAGUCCCAAAGACGGGUUUCUUCUGUAAGGCGUGUAAUAGAUUCUUCAGCGGAGCCAAAGAGGCCGAGAUCAACCACUGCAGAACGGCCAAACACUACGAGAACCUCCAGAAAUACCUGCAGACCAUGAAGACAGUGAACGAGACCAUCAGUCCUGAGUCCAACUGAAUAUGGCUCUGAAACUCUCGACUAAAUUUUGUCAUUCCCAUCCUUUUGUAUUUUGUCUUUGUUUCUCACUGAAGGUCCAGGUUGUCAUGUUGCAGUAGAUUAGUCACCUCCUAUCUCUGUAUCUAUCUUGUACAAUUAAAAAUGAGUGGAACUGUACAUUGGAAAAUGGCCCUCUGUAUAAACUGUGCACAGGUAAUAAAAAG